AAAUGAUAUACUUAUGCCUUAAUUGAAGAAAGUAAAUGAUGAUAUAAUUUUGCUGUGAAAUAAUCUAACAAUGACACAAUGAAGUAUUAAUAGAAGGUCUGGGGAUAUAAUGUAUAAGGUUAAGAAAUCAUUAUAAUGAUAUUUCGCUGCUGAUAAGCAAUUCUAAUAGGGGAACAAAUGAAAACUGGUAUAUAUAGGCAGCGAUGCUUUGUUGAAAAAUGAAGGAAUAAGAUCUCUGUUUGAAGGUAUAAAAUGCAAGGUUAACAAUAAAUAUAAGUAUACUUUCUGGGGGGGAAAAAAAGAAGGCAUUGUUAAUAUCCCAGAUUUAUUUUAAACCCUUCUGGCUGUUUUAAAUUGUUUGUUUCUGGCGCUGCUGUGUUGUGCAACUCCAGCAGGCUCCGAGCGCCACACGAACCUGGAGUUAGCAUGACUUUGCUGGAGCAGAAACAGGAGUUUUAGAAACAACACGCAAAAGGUUUAUUCUCAGGACAAAUUCGGUACACAGUGCUCUAACUUUAGGCCUAUAAGUAUUAUCGUUCUCUGCACAGUAGGAAAGUUUUUCUCCUUCUUCAUAUCUUUGCUCUCUUCCCUACGCAGGAGGGUCCCAGACAGCGGACCCUGCGGGCAUAACAACGUAGUCAGAAACUGGCAUAAAAACGUUGUCAGAAUAGGUGCCAUCUUACCUUCACACAGGCCAGGGCAAGGCAGCCACUAAAACCACGUUAUUCCUCUGCAGACUGUUGGGCUCCGACCCCUCACAUCUGAGCGAAGAUGACUUCCCCGGCGACUUGCAGUCCCUUUCGUGGCUGACCUCCGUGGACGUCCCUCGGCUGCAGCAGAUGACCAGCGAAAGAAUGGAUUUCGGCAUCACCUCCCAGAAUGUGGUCCUGCAGCAGACAGGUGCCAUGCACAGCUCGGGGCCCCCAAGAGCGACGCCUCACAUUCAAGCCAGCCUGUCUCCAAACAUCCUGGGACUUAACACCAUCUCGCCCCACGAAAGUGACAUCAGUCAGUACAUGGUGGGGGGGCAGCCGUCCCCCAGCCUUCAGCCGUCCCCACUCUUCCCUCCUCCCUCCUGCCACACCCAGCAGAUCUUCACCAUCACGCACAGCACGCAGCAGUGCAACCCAGUGACCAUCUACAGCACCUCUUACGGAGCCCACCCCCACUUCUCCCAGCCCCGCCUGGCCCCCCAUGCAGCCCAAGAGAUGCAUGCCAAGCACUACCCCAAGCCCAUCUACUCCUACAGCUGCCUGAUCGCCAUGGCCCUGAAGAACAGCAAGACGGGCAGCCUCCCCGUGAGUGAGAUCUACGGCUUCAUGAAGGAGCAUUUCCCCUAUUUUAAGACGGCUCCGGACGGCUGGAAGAACUCCGUGCGGCACAACCUGUCCCUGAACAAGUGCUUCGAGAAAGUGGAGAACAAGGCGGGCAGCUCCUCCAGGAAGGGCUGCCUGUGGGCCCUCAACCCAGCCAAGAUCGACAAGAUGCAGGAGGAGCUGCAGAAGUGGAGGAGGAAGGACCCCGUGGCUGUCCGCAAAAGCAUGGCCAAGCCAGAAGAACUGGAGGUGUUGAUCGGGGACAAGCCGGAGAAACGCCCGUCCUGCAGUCCAUCGGGCGCUGGGGGUCCCUCCGUCUCCGGCCAGAUGCCUCUCUGUGAGCCUCCAUCCCCGGCUGCUGUCCCUCCCCCAGCACAGGGAGCGGAUGCCCAGAAUGGGCAGGGGACUCUUCCCUCCCCUCUGCCGGCCCAGAGCCCCCCGGCAUGCGGGGUGAAGAUGCCGGCUCCCUCCCAGCCGGAGAUGCUGCUGAUGGACGGGGACCUCAGCAUGGAUGUCGAUGCCUUGAACCCCUCCAUCACCGGGUUCGACCUCCAAGGGACCCUUUGGGAGGCUCUGAAGGACGACAGCCUGGCAGGGGAGCCCCUGGGGCUCAUCUCGGCCUCCCCAACAGCUGCCCAGCCGGACUUCCUGGCCCCCUGCCCAGCCGAUGCCAACCACGGCAGAGACAAGCUUCCCCAGCAACACCACGGCGUACCUGACCUCCAACUGACCACGCUUUACUCGGCCUUCCUGGAGCUGGACACGGGACCGGCCCCCGCCUACCUCAACCCCCCGCCGGGCUCCAAACCCCUUGCUCUGGUUUAG